GAGUAGGAAGAGAUACUCUGGAGAGAGAGGAAGUCCCACUAUCCAUCCAUCAAUCCAUCUGCCUUCCCCUCCAUCCGGCAGCGUUUCCAUCUCCAAGCAUGAUGUGAUUUUGGCUUUUUUGGAACCCGUGUGGGCGAGAGGUCAGCAGAAAGGGACAGCAGGAAAAUCUGAGGAUGCAGCAGGAUUUCUUUUGGGAAUAUGUGUUGUCUGUCUGGGAAUAACACACCGCCUGAUGAGUGAACUCGUGUGAAGUUUACCAGGACGUCCCAAGUCUUUCGUCACUCUCUUUUUUUUUUUCAUCCCAUAGAUCCAAGUGAGGAAACAUGGAAGACAGAAGUGGAUGAUGAUGGGGGGAAUAGAGAUCAGAUUAAGAGCCAUGGAGAGGGAGGUGUAGGUGAAUAUGGCGAGACUCCUUUGUGACUGCUUUUGCACAGAAGUGACCUUUGACUCUGGGGACAAAAGCUUGCUAGACUCUUUUGUAUGUGUGGAUAAGCAGCUCAGCUGACAUCAAAUCAUCCGUCAGACAUUUUUCAUUCAGUGGUGUUUGAAUUUGAACUUUCUUCCUGGAUUCACAUGACACUUUAAAGCAAACAUGACAGAUGUGCAACAAUCACUGGACUGAUGCAGAUCGCAGCAGCUGCAGGGAUGAACCGCUGGAGUCUGGGAAGUGCUGGGAAUGCCAUUAAAUUGGACAGAAGUGGGCCACACAGAGCAAGGCUGAUGAUGCUGAUGUGGAUUAUCCUCUCCGGCUCGCUGUGCCUGAUGGUCGACGGCCAGAUGAAGCUCUCACCAGAAACGGUGCAGAAGUGGGCCGUGUCCUUUGGCAAAGAGAUCGCUUCUCUGUCCACCAGAUACUCAGGAGCAAAACUUCUGCAGAAGAAAUACAAGGACGUCGAGGGUGCGGUGAAGAUCGAGGAGGUGAAUGGAGAGGAGCUGGUGAAGAAGUUUGCAGAGGAAAUGGAGGAGAUGCUCGGGAGGAAAAUGAAAUCUGUGAAGAGUUUAGCAGAAGCAGCAGAGGAUGCUGAUCUUUACCAUGAGUACAAUGAAACACUGGAGUUUGACUAUUAUAACUCCAUGUUGAUCAACACGGUGGAUGAGGAUGGGAAUCCAGUGCCACUUGGUGGAGAAUUCCAACUGGAGGAAAAUGAACAUUUCAGUAAACUGGCGGUCAACACACAGCAGAGUAACAUACAAGUUCCUACUAAUGUGUACAACAGAGAUCCAGAUAUUGUAAAUGGAGUCUAUAUGUCUGAGGCUCUGAAUGACAUUUUCAUCGAUAACUUCCAGAAAGAUCCAACUCUCACCUGGCAGUAUUUUGGCAGCUCUACAGGCUUCUUCAGGUUGUAUCCAGGAAUCCAGUGGAUUCCAGAUGAAAACGGUGUGGUCACAUUUGAUUGCAGAAACAGAAACUGGUACAUCCAAGCAGCCACUUCCCCUAAAGACGUGAUAAUCGUGGUGGAUGUCAGCGGAAGCAUGAAGGGACUCAGGCUGACAAUAGCCAAACACACCAUUAACACCAUCCUGGACACACUGGGAGAGAAUGACUUUGUUAACAUCAUAGCAUACAGUGACUAUGUUCGCUACGUGGAGCCCUGCUUCAAGGGAACUCUAGUCCAAGCAGAUCUGGAUAACAGAGAGCAUUUUAAGCUUUUAGUAGAGGAGCUUCACGUCAAAGGAGAAGGAAAAGUGAAAAAUGCAAUGAUGGAAUCUUUCAAGAUCCUGAAUGAGGCGGCUGCACUGGGGCAGGGCAGCCUCUGUAACCAGGCCAUCAUGCUGAUAACAGACGGAGCCAUGGAGGAUUUCCAAGAUGUUUUUGAGAAAUUUAACUGGCCAGAACGACGAGUUCGAGUGUUCACUUAUCUAAUUGGACGCGAGAUGACAUUUGCAGAAAAUGUGAAAUGGAUUGCCUGCAACAACAAGGGUUACUACACACACAUCUCCACGCUGGCUGACGUCCAGGAAAAUGUUAUGGAGUACCUCCAUGUUCUCAGCCGGCCAAUGGUCAUCAACCACGAUCAUGAUAUCAUCUGGACAGAGGCUUAUAUGGACAGUGUGUUUCCAAAUAAAGACGAGCUGUUCAACACUCAGGCCCAAAGCCUGCUCCUCAUGACCUCGGUAGCCAUGCCUGUGUUUAGCAAGAAGAAAGAGACUUUGUCUCAUGGGAUUCUGCUGGGAGUUGUAGGAACUGACGUGGCCUUGAAAGAGCUGAUGAGAUUAGCUCCGAGAUACAAGCUGGGUGUCCAUGGUUACGCCUACCUCAUCACCAAUAACGGGUACAUCCUCUCUCAUCCCGACCUGCGACCUCUGUAUAAAGAGGGAAAGAAACUGAAGCCUAAACCCAAUUACAACAGCGUUGAUCUGUCAGAGGUGGAAUGGGAAGACACUGAAGAAAAGCUGAGGACAGCCAUGGUUAAAGGAGAAACCGGAACGUUGUUUUUAGACGUGAGAACUUCAGUAGAUAAAGGAACAAGAGUGAUGUUCUUGAGGAAUGAUUACUUCUACACUGUCAUCAAUGAGACACCAUUCAGUCUCGGGAUAGUGUUGAGUCGGGGAUAUGGACAAUAUAUCUUCAUAGGAAAUGUCUCUGUUGAAGAGGGUCUUCAUGACUUAUUGGCUCCUGAUCUGACUAUAGCCAGCGAGUGGACCUACUGUGAGACAGACAUUGACCCAGCUCAUCGCAAGCUAAACCAGCUGCAAGCAGUUGUGCGAUAUCUCACCGGCAAAGAACCAGAUCUGGAGUGUGAUGUGCAGUUGUUGCAACAAACUCUCUUUGACGCUGUGGUUACGGCUCCUAUGGAAGCUUACUGGACUGCCCUGAUGCUCAACACAUCUGGUAUGGAUGACGGCGUUGAAACAGCUUUCUUGGGGACCCGGUCAGGCUUGAUGAGAUUCCAGAGGUACACUGGUAUUGAGAAAAGAAUUGCCAAGUCUUUCCUGACCUCCACAGACAAGGAGAAUAUGUUCACGUUGGAUCAUUUCCCAGUGUGGUACCGCAGAGCAGCUGAGUACCCAGCUGGACAAUUUCUAUACUACAUGCCCAGACAGGAGACGAGAGCAGGGAGGAUAGUAAUCGCUACCACUGCUGUCACUGUGACCGUGGGCAAGAAAACUGCCAUCGCAGGAGCUAUUGGAGUCCAAAUGACACUGGAGCUGAUUGAGUCCAAAUUUUGGGCCAUUGCUGCACAGCCAAAUGACACAGAUUGCUCGGGCGUGGAGGGAAUCUGUCCUCUUCGCUGUGACAGUGUCGACAUCGACUGCUACGUGAUUGAUAAUAAUGGCUUUGUCCUAAUUUCUAAACAGCGCAAUGACGCGGGAAGGUUCUAUGGAGAGGUUGACGGCUCAGUGAUGACCACGCUGAUCCGAAUGGGCAUGUUCAAGAGGGUAUCCUUGUUCGACUACCAGGCCAUGUGUAAGAUCAACUCGCAUUCUGUCAGCAGCGCCCGGCCACUUCUCAGCCCCUUCUAUGGUUUGGCUUCAACCCUCAAGUGGUUCCUCUCCAACUUCCUACUGUUUCUCCUGGAGUUCAAUAUUUGUGGCUUCUGGCACAUGGAGCAUUUCGCUGAAGCCAAACCACCUUUCAGCGCUUCCUCGGCUCACAAGAAAAAAGGGGACAUCCUGCAGCCAUGUGACACCGAGUACCCCAGCUUCGUUUACGAGCCAUCAGUCAAAGAGACCAACAGCAUUAUAAAGUGUGGACGAUGCCAGAAGAUGUUUGUAGUGCAGCAGAUACCAGACAGCAACCUGCUGAUGCUGGUGGUGCAGGCAGAUUGUGACUGCUCCAGACAGUACUCACGGAUCACCAUGGAGCCCAAAGAAGUCAAAUAUAUCGCAUCAGUGAAGUGUGACAGGAUGAGAUCUCAGAAGAUUCGCCGACGCCCUGAGUCCUGCCACUCUUUUCACCCACAGGAGAACGCAGAUGACUGUGGAGGCGCUUCUUUUAUAUCACUCUCAACUUCCCUCUUCUUCACCUGUCUCACCUUCGCUGCACUUGUUUCCUGAUGAUGGACAACUUUGCUGUUUGGCCUUCUCUCAAAAGCAGAAGGUUGGAAAAAAUCGAGACAACAGUUGGAACACUGUGCACCAACACUGGAUUUUUUAUUUUUUAAAGGCAAAACAGAUACUUUGCUCAUAAACCUCUGCUCUCUUCAAGGACCUUUGAUGUGGUUUACAGUCUGAAGUGAACUGAAAACUGAAGACAAAAAAGCAAGUUAAUGGACCGUUGUUGCCAUGGAUACUUUUCCAUUACUUAUCAUGCACCGCUUGGCAUCUCAGAAUGAAAAGAGACUGAAGAGAUUCAGGUGGUGGCCAUGAUGUGCAUUUAUAAAAGGGGAUUAUGAGUCACAGGGUGCAACAUGACAAAGUCCAAGGGAGAAAAAGCCUGUUACUCAUUUCCCGUAAUCUACUGAGCUGAAUAUUGCAGAAACACAUGCAUAUUAUAUAUGCGGAUGAAAGCAUGCACACUUCCAAACACAUCCACAAUGCUUUAUCCACAGAUUUUGUCAUAUUGUUGAAUAAUUGCAACUGAGAAGAGGGCUAUAGCGGUAUGGGAGGAAACACUGUUGUGUUGCUGGCGAGAGUCAUGUUUUACAUGGUUGUUUACAGUAUUAAUGGAUUAUUGAGGACGGAUUUGGUGGAUAAUGGCUCAGUGCCUGGAAAGUAGUCACAUUUGGGCUUUAUAGGCAAAGGUAACAUGAAUAUGUAGUAAAGUUCAACAGAAUUAGGGUGUCAGCCGCUUCAGGAUCUACUUUUUUAGUUUUUACUUGGAUUAAAUCCAAAAAAAUCUUUGUUUCUGUGAUGGUUUUUAAAACAAAUGUCUGUCUGCCUUUUUGUCUUUCUGUGUGUGUGUGUGUGUGUGUGUGUAUAUAUGUGUGUGUGUGUGUGUUUGUGUGUGUGUGUGUGUGUGUGUGUGUGUGUGUGUGUGUGUGUGUGUGUGUGUGUGCGUGUGCGUGUGCGUGUGUGUGUACAUACUGGAUGUAAUUCUGUCUGUCUAUUAGGCUCGACAUGUGUAAACCAGAAGUGUGUAGAUUCUCACAGGGUGUAAUUCUACAAACAGUAUAGAUUAUUUUGCAUUUAAAACUGCAUAUAGGUGGUUUAGAUUUGACUUUGCAUGUGCUUGCCACAAAGGAUAAUUUGCGCUUUCACAGAAACAUUAAAAUCUUUUGAGAAUCAAAACAAAUUUUACAUGUUUUUUGCUGGAAACUUAGGCUGAAGUUCCUGAAUCUGCUGCUUUACUUUCCAUGAAUAAAACUCUGAAUUCAAAAUUUCAUCAAUAAAGCAAAACAAAGCGGAUACUAGCUUUGAGAAACAACGAAGAAACUUGGUAAUAGCUUAAUUGCUGAAAAUAUCAUGUUAAUACAAAUGUAAUCUCAUUGUAAAUCUAACUGCAUAUGGUAUUUUUGUACACGUUCAGCAUUUCAUUGCAUUUUGGCCUGUGACCAUCAAUGUACCUUUUUCUAUGGUAUUUUUUAAUCACCUUACAAAGCAUGUCCUUAAGUUGAACUUACACUGAUGACAAAAUUGCCUGAGAUUUUUCCUCUUUAUGUUGUUGAUUCAGUCACAUAUCAUGUGUGUGUGGAUGUGCAUCAUAACAGUACGCUCUGUGGUGGUGAAGUUAUGAAAGUAAUUUAUUCAUCUGUCCCAUUUUUAUUUGUUCUUUCCUCUGUACAAUAUUCUGUAUAUUGUAUGGUUGACAUGACCGCAUUAACUGAAGCCAUGAUUUGUACAAGGUCAAUUAAAGUAUCCACAUGUUUUAUUUUGUACUCAA